AUGGACGGCGACGGCGACCGCGGACUCUCCUCCUUCCUCGGCGGAAGCAGCCACAACAAGCCGCCCCACAAGAAAGAGAGUUUCCUGGAGAAGCUCGAGCACAAAGUCGAACAGAAGCUCAUGGGCGGCAAGCACGGACAGCAACAACAGCAGCAGCACCAAUACGGCUACGGCGGAGGCGGCUACGGUCCGUCAUCGUCGCCGCAGCCGGGCGGCCACCAUGGCGGCCACGGCGGCGGAGCGCCUGGCGGAUACGGCGGGCCACCUGCGCACCAAGGCGGCGGAUGGGAUGCUCCACCUCAACACGUGGGGGGACCAGGCGGAGCAGGUGGGGGUGGCUACGGCCCUCCUGGGCAUCACCAGGGAGGCGGCUUCGGCGGUCAGCCUGGAGGCCUGCUCGGCAUGGGAGCGGGCAGCGGACAUCACAACAGGCCGAACUUCGGUGGAUUCGGCGGCAGCGGACAACACCACCAAGGCGGUGGUGGAGGAGGACCACCUGGUGGUGGCGGCGGCUUCGGCGGCUUCGGUGGCGGGCACCACGGCGGCGGGCACCACGGUGGAGGCGGUGGACCGGGCGGUUUUGGUGGAGGAGGAGGACCGGGAGGGCCCGGAGGACACCAUGGCGGCGGGUUCGGCGGCCCCGGUGGCGGCGGUCCUGGAGGCUAUGGUGGUGGUCAUUUCGGCGGUGGGCCCGGCGGUGGUGGCCCUGGUCACCAUGGCGGUCCGGGUGGCGGUCCUGGUGGGCCGGGCGGCCCUGGCGGCUGGUGA